GUUGGUGCUGCUGGUGCGGUCAUGACUCAUUUCUUCAUUAUUUCUAGUAAAUGAACUAAUUCUCCCUUUCUGACUCUGUCCGUACAUACAGACAUCUGGCUGAUGUAAAAACAAACAGUAAAGUUUGAGACAAACAGAAAGAGUCUCCUGGCACUCUGUGUGUGUGUGAGUGUGUGUGCCAAGGAAUGAUGCCUCUUUACUGGCUGGUGCUUUGGUCAACGCUCCCUCCUCUGGCUCUCUGCUGUGCUCCAGACUGUUGUACCGUGCACGAGAGCAGCAGCAACAGCGUGUCUCCGCUGCUGAAAGCCUUGCAGUGCCACAACGACUACGAGACCCAUGUCGUCUGCAAGUGGAGGGAGCACGGAAACACAACCCUGCAGCUCUGGUUCGUGACUGAAAACAACAGGGAGCAGUGUUUGCCUUAUGGUGUUGAGGAGGAAAUUGAACACAGGACUGACCAGUGUCGAUAUGAAACCCGUGCAUUUGCCAUCGGCAUCAAACACACCGCCUUCUUCCUCGAAAACAAGACACUCUGCCCCUCUGUUCCACACAAGCCUCUCGAUCUCUCCCUGCACCUGAGAGCCCGCCCACCAGUGAAUCUGUCCACACAUCAUGGAGUUGAUGGGGGCAGACGGCUCAGCUGGUCCAGCCCGUACCCCUCCUCAUCCCCCCUGAACAGAAACCUCACAUAUCAGCUCAGCUACAGGCCGCACGGACAGGACAACUGGACGUCUGAGGACGUCACAAACACCAGUGUGAAACUGGAGAAGGGAUUCUUGCUCCUGGGUCGCAGGUACGAAGCCCGGGUGAGGGUCCGGGCCAGCGUGGGCCAGUGGAGCGACUGGAGCCCUGUGGUGACCUGGCACACUGAAACAGACACGGGGCAGUUUCCCAGCUUGCAUUGUGUCCUGGAUGGAGCGAGGGAGGUGACGUGCAGCUGGGAGGUGAGCAGGGACGUGGAUCACUUCAUUACCUACCAGCUGAUACUUCGGAACAACCAGACGACGCCGUCUGAGAGGCGCUGUGUGAACCUGACAGUGAGCCCGGACCUCAGCGGGGGGUUGGUGAGGUACAGCUGCUCCCUGACUGUGGCAGACCCUGCACAUCUGCUGGUAGAGCUCCAACCAUCACGCCGGGCCAAGAGCUUUUGGGUCUACCAACACAUUCAACCCAAACCACCGCAGCAGGUGAAAGUGAAGCCAAAGCACAGAAACUGGAUAGUGUACUGGACUCCUCCGAGCACAGCUUCAGAAGUGGAACUGUUUUACCAGGUCUGCUAUUACAGGACCCAGGAUCAGGGUUGUUCUGUCCUGGUGAACCUCACACGGGGCUCCCAGACCCUGUUGAUCCGGGAAGAUUCUCUGGCCCCGACCCAGCGUUACCAGGUAAAGGUGAGGGCGCUGGUCGUCCCUAAUUACUACCAGGGGAUCCCGUCUGAUUGGAGCCCACCUGAGGACUGGACCUCAAAUGAGGCCCCCUGGUCCGUCACAAAACUGAUCUACAUCACCGUCAGUGUGUUUGUGACCGUAGUCUUCCUCGGACUCUACUUCACCAUACCAGCAUGCCAAAGGAGGGUGAUUCUGUGGGUGGACUCGGUUCCUUCUCCAGCCAAAAGCAAAAUUCUGUCCGAGAUUAAGGCUGCCACCAGUACCUUCAUGCAGAAUGAGAGCACCACCUUGUGCAGGGUGCUGAGUUUGGACAAUGAAUCUACAUGCUCCUCGGAUGCUUUACUGUGGCCUACUAAGGACACAGAGAAAAAGCGCCUGCAGGAUGAGGACAGCUGGAAGUGUAAUGACCUGCCCCCCCCUGCUGAGAAGGUCAGCGACUCGGACACAUCCUCCAUGAGCUUCAGCGGGCCGUACAUCUUCUGCCAGGCAUCAGAACCCAACAGCAAGUCAAUGGCUGUCACAUGUAAAGAGGAAACACGAGAAGCCCCGUCAGAAGACUCUGCCUCUCCUUCCCCGCUGAACUUUGGUAUUUUUGGGGAAGGCUACGUUUGUCUGCCCAACCGCAACGUCUCCCGGUCCACACAGGACCUCGUAUCUCACAGCAACUCAAACAUGAACAGCACUGAGCAGAUCGAGCAGAUUCCAGAUGAGAUGGACGUCCAGCCGGUCCUCAGCGAGCCAAUCAGCAGCCCCCAACCUCCAGCCUUCACUUCCUGGCCUGAAGUGGGCACCACACAGGCUUCAGGGUACUGCCACCUCCCAGGAGCAAAGUGACCUGGAGAAAGAUCUUCUCUGCCACUUUUUUAGAAAGUUUUCGACUUUAUGUUAAGCUUCAUAUGCCUCCAUGUAAAAAAGGCCUCAUCUGUACUUACAAAUGGUACUUACACAAGAGAAGGGAACCAUUUUCCUUGGUUUCAUGUCUUAUCUGUCCCUGAUAUCAGGGUGGUUGUCUGACCAAUGGAGGGCAGUAGUGAGCUGAGCCUGGGAGGGCAAUGCAAGUAAAUGUAAAGGAUGGACUUCAGUAUGGCAAACAACAUAUAUCUAUCUUUCUGAGCUUUCUUUCCUCCCACAAUCCACGUCAGAAUGAAACAAGUGUACCUUAUAAUGUUUAAUAAUACAACAGCUCUGCUUAAAAGGCUGACUUUGUGAAGUGUGUGAGGAGAUAUUCUCUAGAAAAUGUUACAUAAUUGACUUAUGUAAAUAUUUUCUUAAAAAGAACCAAUGCAGAUUAUAUACCACAGGUUCUUGAAGAACUGUGUUGAAAUGUAGUGGUUUUUAUUACUUCCCCUGCCUCUGUCACAGCUGAGUUGAUUAAUGGAAACUGUAUUUCUUGAGAAAUUAAUGUAUGUUUGCUGACUGGCGCGUUUGCUGCGGUCAUGUUUGCACAGAGGUGUGUGAGUUAGGACCUUGUUGUCAUUGUUGGAGCACGCAUGGUGCUGAAUGUAUAUUUACAGUAGCUUAUGUUUUCUACAGGUAUGUUGUGUUGCACGGCCACUCCGUCUGAGGCCUGCAGAGAUUCAAAUGUGUUAAAUGUGAAUAUUACUUGCCAUUUCUUCAUCUGUUACAGUAAUGGCUUAACUUGAUGUGGGUUAAGGCUUAGAAAUGACUGAAAUAAUACUUAUUAAUACAUAAUAAUAUAGUUUGCUGCACUUGUAUCCUGUGAUAAAAACGUAAACAUGUCAAAUGUAGGAGCACAUAGACUGGUUUUUUUUUGUUGCCAGGCUACAGGGGGGUUUCUUAGCUAAUGCUAAGCUAUAGGUCAAGCUAGGUCGCUCGCUCUUGAUGUAGCGUAGCAUUUUAUGUCUUAGGUGUACAGUGUCUCUGUUAGUGCAACAGUGGUCUCUCUACGGAGUUAUUUAGUAAUGUGGAACUUUUGAAAAUGGCUUUUCCGCUGAAAUAAAACAGGUUUUUUUAGCA